CUCAUCAUCAGUGCGGCAAUGCUGGUCCGCCGGGUUUCAGCGUCGUCACUGCUGCGCCCCACUUAACGUGACAGGUUCGAACCCCCUGCACUGACGGGCUUGGACCGUAAAAAGCCACUGCAAACCCUCGUUUUUGAAACCAACCCCUCUAGGACAGACAGACUUACCGACGACGAUCUCGAGACGAACUGGAGAGGACGGACGCCAAACAGUUUUCCGACACGCCUGCUGCCUGUUGUUGUUAUUGCCCACCAUGAACCGGCCGUCGAGGACAGAGGACGACCUCGAACACCCCACGUGGAACCAGAACCCGCCCUUUCUGGCUCCGGACCUGACUACCCGCCAGGACCUCAACGGCAUUGCCAACACCCGCGAACACCGCCAUGGAUGUUCUGGGGCUCAUGACGGCGCCGGAGCGCUCCAUGACGAGAAACGGGCCGGCAAUCGAGGAUGUGGAUGUUGCGACCGCGACUGCGAUUGCCGCCAUGGCAUACGCUCCCCUUUUGCAAUGAGCGGUCAGCAUGGCUGCCCGCUCAUUGCGCCCGAGACAGCGCUUGGUGGUGAAGGCCAAACCUGUCUUGCCUCGCGUCCAAUUCAGCCCCCUUCGGGCUGGAUUGGCUGGAUCGCGUCGGUCGUCCUCGCGUCGACCCUGAUUCACGUUGCCGGCAACUCUCGCCGGCUAUCAUCAUCAUUCUCGCCCUUCUCAGGGACGACGGCCGUGGAGGCUCCAAUCGUAAUCGAGACUACCGCGUCCCGUCCCCUCGCAGCUCGUCGGGUUGCGUGUGUGAGCAGCAACGCUGGCGAUGACUACAACACGCCGCUCCAUGUCGGAGCCCUUCUCAUCAUCCUGGCCGUGUCGAGCUCGGCCUGCGCCACCCCUCUGCUCGCCGCCAAGUUCCCCGCCCUCCGCAUCCCGGAGUCCUUCCUCUUCAUCGUUCGCCACUUCGGCACCGGCGUCUUGCUGGCCACGGCGUUUGUGCACCUGCUCCCGACCGCCUUCACCUCGCUCGGCAACCCGUGUCUCUCGAGCUUCUGGACCACCGACUACCCGGCCAUGCCUGGCGCCAUCGCGCUUGUGGGUAUUUUUUUCGUCAGCGUCAUCGAGAUGAUCUUCAGCCCGGCACGCACCUUGGCGCCACGCGCCGCAUCAUCGGCGGCCGAGGCUGCUGCCAGCGGUGCCCCAACCUCGGGGUCUCCCGGUGGUGCCACACACGCUCCUUUGCCGGCGGGCGGACACUGCAGCAGCGCAGCUGUUAUGGCCGUCAUGAGACGACCCUCCAUCAGCCACCGUCGGGCGAGCAUCGAGCCGGCGCCGGCAGUCAGCCAGAUCAACCUGUCCAAGGAGGCCCUGGAAGCCGAGUCUCAGGGAGGAGGGGGCCUCACGCCAGAGCAGCUGCACAAGAAGAGCAUCCUUCAGUGCAUGCUGCUCGAAGUGGGCAUCUUGUUCCACAGUGUCUUCAUCGGCAUGGCCUUAAGCGUAGCCGUCGGCACCAACUUUGUCGUCCUGCUCAUCGCUAUUGCAUUUCAUCAAACCUUUGAAGGUCUCGCCCUCGGUGCCCGCAUCGCCUCCAUCGCAUGGCCGAAGAAAACCCUCCAGCCUUGGCUGAUGGCUCUCGCAUACGGAUGCACAACGCCAAUCGGCCAAGCUCUCGGCCUGGCCACCCACUCGCUCUACAGCCCCGACUCGGAGUUCGGCCUGAUCCUGGUCGGCACCAUGAAUGCCGUCUCGUCUGGCCUGCUUGUGUUUGCCGCCCUCAUCGAGCUCCUGGCCGAGGACUUCCUCAGCGAUCAUAGCUGGUUUGUAUUGAGAGGAAGAAAACGGGUGACAGCCUGCUUCCUGGUCUUGUUUGGCGCUAUCUGCAUGAGCUUAGUAGGAGCUUGGGCUUGAACGCAAGGCCUCCCCGAAAAUCUUGUGCUGUCCAAGGGGAAUGUACACUCAUUGAUUUGGUCUAUUAUCAAUGAGCGCCCUCUUCUGGAAGACGCUUCUAGUGCUAAGGCCGACAAAUGACGAAUGUGGCUGCCCGCCUACUCACACUGAUGCUACCUGCCUAGGUACCUUAGCCUAUUUAAUUAACUGGUAGCUGCCUGUUAUCACCUUUAUGAGUCCACAUGACAAACAAUAUUUCAAGAAGCUGAACGGCAAAACCCGGUAUUAUAGCGUCUUCGUUUGCCGAAAGCUUGUGUGCAGCAUGAAAACUCUGUGUAUC